UCCGUAGACAUCAUUACAGUGCGCCGGAAGGAGAGUCGGUAGGCGCUUCUGGAGUUAUGGCGACGGUGGAUAUCCGAGAUAAUCUGCUGGGAAUCUCUUGGGUUGACAGCUCUUGGAUCCCUAUUUUGAACAGUGGUAGUGUCCUGGAUUACUUUUCAGAAAGAAGCAAUCCCUUUUAUGACAGAACGUGUAAUAAUGAAGUGGUCAAAAUGCAGAGGCUAACAUUAGAACACUUGAAUCAGAUGGUUGGAAUUGAAUACAUCCUUUUGCAUGCACAAGAGCCCAUUCUUUUCAUCAUUCGAAAGCAACAACGGCAGUCCCCUGCUCAAGUUAUCCCACUGGCUGAUUACUAUAUCAUUGCUGGCGUGAUCUAUCAGGCACCAGACUUGGGAUCAGUUAUAAACUCCAGGGUGCUUACUGCAGUACAUGGCAUUCAAUCAGCUUUUGAGGAAGCUAUGUCGUACUGCCGAUACCAUCCUUCCAAAGGAUAUUGGUGGCACUUCAAAGAUCAUGAAGAGCAAGAUAAAGCCAAACCUAAACCCAAAAGGAAAGAAGAACCAAGCUCUAUUUUCCAGAGACAGCGUGUAGAUGCUUUACUUGUAGACCUUAGACAAAAAUUUCCACCCAAAUUUGUGCAGCAAAAGUCUGGAGAAAAGCCUGUUCCAGUGGAUCAGACAAAAAAAGAAGCAGAGCCUGUACCAGAAACUGUGAAAUCUGAGGAGAAAGAGACCACAAAGAAUGUCCAACAGACUGUGAGCACUAAAGGUCCCCCUGAGAAACGAAUGAGAAUUCAGUGAGGAUUGACGGAAAAGAAGCCUGCAAGACUCCUCUUGUCAAUUAUAAUACCUCAGUACUGCGAUAGGCUCUUGAGCCUUAAAACACUAUCAGUCCUCCUUUGUUUGUAAUGUGCUUGUGCUUUAAGAAAGGACAUUAACCCUAUCAUGCCUUCUAUGUGAAUAUUUCUUACAGGUCUUUUGUAACCUUGUCUCUACUGGACUUGGGCAGUAACCCUAACUUACCAAGUGUACCAGUAUGUAUCAUUAAAGCAAAAAUAAAGGUAUUUGUAUAUAUUGCUUCA